AUGAGACCGACUCUGAUACGCGCUGCAUCUGCUGCGCAAGCCCGAAAACCGUUGAUCCAUUUUGUCGGCAAACGGACUGGAGGACAUGUAGAGGCACACCGUCCACACCCGGCCGCACCCCAGGAUAUCAAAGACGCGUUUGCCAACCUUUUCAAGCGGUUUGACUCGUCGUCAUCAUCUACUAGUGCUUCUGUUGCAUCCAGUACUGGAGGAGCAUCUGCAAAGAGUGAGAGUCCUAAUUCAAAGGCGAGCGGGAGUCGGACGUAUGCCGAAUUUUGGGAGGCACCGGAAAAGCUAUGGAGGACAGUGGCAAUGACGGAGCGUGAAAUGGAGAGUGUUAUGAAGAAUAUGAUUCCAAAAGCAGCAACGACUCUGUUCCACUUUACUACUGCCCGUGUCGCUGCUGCCGUCCAGACGGGCACACAGACGAUCACUCCGUCGCUCAUCAAUGCUUUCCAGCAUCAACCUCAGCAGCAGCUCGCGAAUGCUGCCUCGAAUGCGACCACUUCGCUCGGAUGGAGCGCGGGGGCGUCGGGUGCGACGAGCAGCGCGUCGAGCAAUGCUGCCAGCGCAAAAUUCAAUGCAGGAGGUCGCUUUUAUAAUGCAUAUCAGCAGGCAACACAGGAUCCUUCCUUUGCAGCUCAAGAUGACGAAGAGCGACGGAAGCGCAAGCAGCUCGCCAGACGGGCAUCCACCGCACGUCCAUUACACCAAAAGCACCACCAACUUAUCCGUCGUAAUCCGAAUAAUGCACUCAUCUCUAUCCCACCGUCACGUCUCGUCCAAGCGAGACUCUUGCAAACAAAGUCGUACCCAGGUCCUCAUUACCGACCUCAACGACGAGAUUCAGAAGAGACAGUCGUAGACAAUGCCACAUCACGAUCCUCUUCGCGAGCGCUCGUGCGUAGUCCAAAGGCCGGUCAUCUCCAGCGGUACUAUGCCACUUCUGCCACAGACUCGCCGUCUUCUUUAUCCGCAGAAGGAGUCGAAACUGCACUAGAUCUGCGCGAGUCCGGCUCGAGCGCUGGAUCUCUCGUCGACGAGCAUGCGGAGCAAGCGAUGGGCAUGAGCCAGUCCGAUGCAGAGUUGUACGAAGGAAGCGUCGCGGAGAACAACGAGGCGCUGUUCGAGAUGAUUGAGCAGGAUGCAGCGGCUACACUCGCUGAGAGCGCCACCGAUCCAUCCUCUCCGCAAUCAGUUCUCCCUCCUACCAAACAGGCUCGUGACGUCCGUCAAGGCGGUCAAUUCCGACACCCGAGUUUACAGGCCAUUUACGAAUUGGCGCGUGGGCGAUCCCAGGCGGAAAUGGCAGGCGAGUGGACGAGUCAAAAGGCAGACUCGGCUGUCAAACAGCUGGAGAGGCAUAUCCAGACGUUAAGAAAGGACGGUGUUAGUGACUCUACAACUUGGUCAUAUGUCCUUUGGGCCGUCAUCGUCCUCCGACGUCCUAUGGAGAGCUUACACCGGGCGAUUGGGCUGUACAAUGAUCUCUUGAGUGGAUCGUUUGUGCAAGUCAAGACGCCCAAGCCAAACUCGCUCCAAGGUUUGGAAGAAUCGACGGAUGCGGGUGUCAUCAUUCCCUCCGAGGCCGUCGUGGGAUUGCUCAUCCGCUCUUUGGCGGUACGAGACGAAGAGGUGUACAUCAUCUUGAAUCACCUUUAUCGCUUCGAGGAGAUGCACUCGUCCGUGUCUGUCGACGAGCAAGGCCAAAGGGAGGAUGUUCAUGUCUCGCCCGCCCAGGUCGACAAGAUGCAGCAAUUGGAGCAGGAGAACAAUCUUGCACCAGCCAUGGCACUCCUGAACGCGACGCUUCAACAAGACACCCCGAGGAGCCUGGGUAUCACUACGUAUAAUUUACUCCUCGUCGCCGCUCGUCAUCAUGCGAUUAUUCAAAUGUCAAAGGCACAACAAGGUGAAGAGGUCAAGGUAGAUGCCGUUGGUGGCGUCUCGAGUGCGAUCACAGUUUACGCGCACAUGGAGAAGAGUGGAUGCUUGCCCAAUGCGCGGACAUUCCAGUUGCUCUUGGAUAUCUACUCGCUGUCCAAAGACCUUGAGGGUGCCCAGGAGGUGUGGAACGAGUUCCGUUCUGCCUGUGCGCGUGGUGGGAUUGAAUGGAUCGCCGAUGCAGAGAAGGCCAACAUGCCAAACCGUCAACGCUCUCAAUUCUUGCCAUCAUGGUCCAAAAAGGCACGGGUACUCCAACCGCAUGAGCCGCUCAGUCCGCCUGCCGUCAGGAGUUUAAUUGGCGUGUGGACGCAAAUGAUCCAAGCUCAUUUCCGAUGUGGAGAUGCGGUUGGUGCGUUGGCCAUUCUGGAGAAGAUGAUGGAUUCGACGUCGUUUGCUCCCGCCGCUUCGACUUCUACAAAGACCGCGUCGGCUACAGAGUCUGCAGCAGCGGAUUCGGACCUUGUCACGUCGAUCACCUUGACGCCCGUCGACGUCCCACCGCCAUCUGCGCGUACGUACCAUGAGGUUGUCAAGAGCUUUAUGGAUAUGGGGGAUACCGCUACGGCUAUCGCCUGGUUCAAGCGACUCCUUGAGCAAACGCCCUCGGCCCACCUCGACAAGAACCACCAAGCCCCGCAACUUGCAAUCGUCCACCAGUGGGAUCCCAUCCACGUACCACCGCGUCCGAGUCGUACGCUCUGGGACUCGAUGUUGCAGCAUCUGUAUGACCGAGGAUUGGUGCGCGAGAUGGAGGACUUGACUGAUUAUGCCAACGUACUCGCCGUAGAGUAUUAUAAGCGCAACUUGCUUCCACAGGUCGCACAGAAGUGGCAGAAGAUCCUGGCCAAAACCUCCAAUGCCGAGGCCUCGAAGGCGACCGAGGAGAAGAGAAAGCUAAGCCCAGCGCAAAGGGCUGAAGUGAUGGCUCUUAUACGUCAAGCGUAUGGUAGGCAUCAUGUGCAUUACGACCUGCGCGAAAGGCAACUCUGGGGUACGAUUUGGCGCUCAUGCGUUGCUGGACUCGAGGCGAGCAAGUUGGAACCGACCGAGGCGCAACGACGACUGGAUUGGACACAAACAAGACUCAUCGACAAGCUUUUCCAAGAGGAGAAGCUGGACGAGUUUGUGGCCAAGUAUCUUGACCCUGCCUCGGACGCGAGCUCCUCGCCUUUGACACCAGACGAGGCGGCGUGGUUCCUCGCUUGCUUCCAACCUCACCCGCGUUCUCUCAUCGAUACGGCGGGUCGCGCUCUCCGUAAUCGUGGAUGGCAUGCGGUCGGGAUGUAUAUCAACCAGAACCGGCUUGAUGAUGCCAUUAUGCUCGCGAGCAGGUUGUACACAAAGGAAAGACAGCAGGUUGUCGCACACGAGACGGGGUCAGUUGAUCCAAAAGAACUGGAGGAGCUUGGCGACGAGCCACCCGUCGAAGCACUGACCGCACUCUCAAACCUGUGUACGCUCGUGAGCGGCUUGCUGGAACGCCUGUGGGUGUACGGGUCAGAAACGAAGCAGUUCCCGUCGUUGAAUGGGCUGCUAUCGAUGCUUCGACUUGUGGAUGCGGCGGGUAUCUUGCCACCAAUGCGCGCGGCGUGGUAUCUCAGCAAUGCGUUCCUCUCUUACCGCGAUGAUCCUGCACUCAAGUCACUUACCCGACACGACUGGACGAACCUGGCGAAGACCUUUUCCGCCACGGCCAUGUCCGUUCACUACGAGGAUAACCGACCGCAGCCCAACCCAGAGCUCGCAUGGCAAUUGGUCAGCUUUUUGCAGAUUUUGCACUCCAACGGGGGAACGCUCCGCAACCUAGGCAAGAAUAACGUCUAUCGGAUCUAUCGCAUCCUUCAGUACCACCUCGGCCAAGCCAAAGUCGACGAAUUGCUCCAGUCACUCGGGCCUGGAUUCGUCGAUAUCAACGAACAUUUGCCGCUAUAUGUCAAGAAGAGCGGCGUGAUCGACGUUCCACCCGACCAGGUCCCAGAGGCAUCCGCAGCCGUUCAAGCUACCGUGGACGAAGUGCGCGGGGUGACGAAUGGGAAGCUGGACAUGAUCAGCAAUUCUGUCAUUGGUGACGGACAGCCUCUCGCCAAACGCUCCACGUAUCCGCUUGUUAUCAGUCCCGCGCAGAGCAACUAUAUCAACGAAGGCUCUCGUUCGAAUCCAGCAUAUAUCAACGGUGUAGGCGGAAAUAUCCCACCGGAAGUUGCCUAUGAGCGCCUGCUCGCGGGGUACAAGCUUGGCGAUGUCCCUGCACCCGAGAGCAUUGCGCGACUGAUUGUCACACUUGGACAUUCCAAGGCCAAGGACAAGGUUAUCGUUUGCUAUCAGAUUGGUAACGAGAUUUUGUCCACCUUGGAGAACAACAAGUCUUGGCAGGCAAGCGCUUGGUUUGCGCUCGAAGACGCGAUGAUCACGGCCCUGUCGCAUUGUGGAGAUAUCAAGGCUGCGUCGAUUCACCGCUCGAGGCUCGUAGCCCAAGGAAGUGCGCCUUCUGCAAACUCAUACGGAGCCCUUAUCGCCAAUAUCAAGGACACCACCGACAAUGCAUCCGUCGCGACAGAGUUAUUCGAGGAGAGCCGACGACUUGGAGUCGAGCCCACUGGGUACCUCUACAAUACGAUUAUCUCUCGCUUGGCCAAGGCGCGCAAGGCAGACUAUGCGAUGGUGUUGUUCCAGGCAAUGAAGACCGCUGGGUUGGCGCCAACGGAGGUCACGUACGGGGCUGUCAUUGCUGGUUGUGCGAGAAUUGGAGACGUAGCGACGGCCGAGACGCUCUUUGAGGAGAUGACGACCCUUCCGGCGUACAAGGCUCGCAUCCCGCCGUUCAAUACGAUGAUGCAGUUGUAUACGCACGUCAAGCCAAACCGUGAGCGGGCGCUUUACUACUACCACUUGAUGGAGCAAAUGGGUGUGCAACCGACUGCGUAUACGUACAAGCUCAUGUUGGACAUAUAUGGAAAGAUUGAGCCCGUUGACAUUAGGAAGAUGGAGGAGAUAAUCGACUUGAUGAAGCAACGUGGAAUCGAGAUUACCGGCAACCACUAUGCGUCGAUCAUCAUCACUCAUGGGUGCUCGACGUCCAAUCUCGAAGCUGCCAAGGGUGUCUUUGAUGGCCUGCGUGGGGCUAAUCGACAAGUGACGUCUACACUUUUCCCUGUUAACAAACGCGGUCGUUCGACGCGGGUUACAUUGCCCGACGUAAUUGCAUACGAGGCCAUCCUCGCCGUCUUCCUCAGCCACCACCGAAUUGACCUCAUGCAGCAAUACUUUGAGCAAAUGAUCAACGUUGACAAGGUUCGCCCGACGGCGUACAUCAACAACAUUCUCAUCAAGGGGUACGCGUCGAUUGGGAAUAUGGAGGCAGCUCGAGAGGUAUUUGAGAGUAUGCGAGAUCCAGCGGCUGGUGCAGCGGCGCCCAAUAACCAUGCGCCGCACAUGACGCAUGAUGGACCGCAACUCGUCAACGGUUCGGUUGUCGGGAACGUCAAUGAUCCCGUCUUCCGAGAGCCUUCGUCCUGGGAAGCCAUGGUACGCGCCGAGCUCAGUGUCGGCGAUCGCAACCGGGCCAACGCGCUCCUUGAGCGUAUGAAAGCGCGAUUCUACCCUGCAGCGAUUACGGCCAAGAUUGAGGGUAUCCUAUGGGAACCACCGCAACCAUUGAUUCCACCGCGGUCUUGA